GCAAAAGUACUGCCCGAUCUUCACGCGUAAACUAAGGCAAGUGUCUGGUGCGGUGUGUGAGACGUGUAAGUUCAGGGCAUCAGAGAAUCCCCAACACGCGUACCGUAAUAGAAGAAGGCGCGGUUCCUCACCUACCCCACAAUGCUCAGCUUGCCUUUCCGGAAACAAAGACUGUCACCCCGACAAUGCCUUCAUCCUGGCGGAAGCGUCUCGCCCAUACUCUGAUUGGGGAAGUGACGAAGCGAGGUAUUGUGGGACUUUGUCCGUCUUCCAGUACGCAUGUGUCAGCUGGCCUCUCUCGGCUUUUGGAGCCGUGUCCGGGCGGUGGUGGCGACGAGAGAAGCACGUCAGCGAAACUAGCCAAUCCUCUGCGCACACAAGCGCAGUGGCUCGGACGGCACCGGAAGCGCAGGGGGAUGGGGCAGCGGUGACGCGAUUCUGUCCGCGUUGGAGGGGCCGGGCCGCGGCUGAAGUCGUCGCGGCCGCCGCGUGACGUGGCACAGCCAAAGCCUAAAGGCUAGAGCCGGAGCUGCCGCGCCAGUCGCCUAGCAGGUCCUCUACCGGCUAAUUCCUGUCCCGGAGCUUCAUCGGCACAGCGGCCAGCGAGACGUUCUAGCUUCUCUGUUUCUUCCUCCGCUUUCUCUUCCCUCUGGUUUAGUUUGCUGGGAGCGCGAAAGGAGAAAGCACGGGGCCGCCCCAAACCACUUUUGCUUCUGCCCAUCGCAAGUGCCACUACCGCCAUGGGCCUCACUAUCUCCUCCCUUUUCUCCCGCCUCUUUGGCAAGAAGCAGAUGCGCAUUCUGAUGGUUGGAUUGGAUGCUGCUGGCAAGACAACCAUUCUUUAUAAACUGAAGUUAGGGGAGAUAGUCACCACCAUUCCUACCAUUGGUUUUAACGUGGAAACGGUAGAAUAUAAGAACAUUUGUUUCACGGUAUGGGAUGUUGGUGGUCAAGAUAGAAUUAGGCCUCUCUGGAAGCAUUACUUCCAGAAUACCCAGGGUCUUAUUUUUGUGGUAGAUAGCAAUGAUCGUGAAAGAAUUCAGGAAGUAGCAGAUGAGCUGCAGAAAAUGCUUCUGGUGGAUGAGUUGAGAGAUGCAGUGCUGCUGCUUUUUGCAAACAAACAGGAUUUGCCAAAUGCUAUGGCCAUCAGUGAAAUGACAGAUAAACUAGGUCUUCAGUCUCUUCGUAACAGAACAUGGUAUGUUCAAGCCACUUGUGCAACACAAGGAACUGGUCUGUAUGAAGGACUUGACUGGCUGUCAAAUGAGCUUUCAAAACGUUAAAUGAAACUGGAUAACUAACCAAGGACAUGUUUGAUAAAAUUGGUCUAGGCUUGUUACAACAAAAUUAGUUUGUAUCUUGGUUAUUAAACAGUAUCUGGGACUGGUUUGGGCAGAACUUAUUUUGUUGCCAAUUAUUGUUUACCAAAUAUAAUGUUGCUAUUUAGCAAUGUUACUGGUUUUAAAAAAAUUCUCCUUGGGGAAAAAGUAUCCUCUUUUAAUUUUACUUCCCAUAAGCCUAAAUGCCUGGACAUAGCUAUUGUGAAACCUUUAAAUAAAUCUGUUUUGAGUGUUUUUUGAGCCCCAGACAAAUAAUGUUUUAAAGUUAUCCCCUUGCUACUUUACUGACACCUUUAUCAUUCCUGAGACAGUCUGCUAAUUUAAAAAUGUAGCAUUCCAUUUGUAUUUAUUUCUCUCCCUUGCCAAAAAAGAUUUUCUAAUACUGCUUGUACCAGCCAGGAAAAGAUCCAAAACACUAUUCAGCUCUCUUGCACUGAGGAAAUUUUUUCCCCCUGCAUUGACUCCUGGCCUACAGCAGCCAAACUUACCUUGGUGUGGUUUUGAUUUGAUAGCUAAUUAGUUCCGUGCUGGUUGCAAAGAAUUGAUAUUUAGAUGGUUUUUAAUAUUCAGCAGAUUGUCUUCCUUUAUAUCAUGUCUUUUUUAUGUUGCAUGUUGCUUUUGUUAUCAGCCUGAUUUUUUUGCUCAAUAUAUGAUAGUUCUGCUGAUGUUUUAUUAUUGGGCAGACAUAUCUUCAUUAAGGGUUUUUGGAAAACUCGUCAAAUUCAAUGAAUACAUUUUCUUCAUAACCCAUUUGGAAUUAUUCCUAAUAAAAUGAUAAAAUAUGUAA